AUGGAGGAUGAGUGGGAGGAAGAGGAGCAGCUGGUUGUGGUGGAACUGGCAGGAACUGUGAGCAAUGAUUUUCUAAGCAAGGGAAAAAGCACAUGCAAAAUCCUGGAUAUUGACAGCGACAAACCAUUCCUUCAAGUCGGACAAUUUGUUUUUUCUGGAGAAUAUGAAGACACUUUGGGGACUUCAGUGCUAUUUGAGGAGACACCACGAAAAGGAAAAGACAGUGCCCCUGAGCUGAAGUACAAGUGUCACACUGUUAAGAAGCUUAUGAUGCAGAGGGUGUUUCUGACAGAGAAGAAAGACGGGGAAGCCAGUCAAGAAGGUAAUGAGAGUGUGGAACAGGAAGACAGCACCAUCGUAGUGAGUGACGACGAUGAUGACACACACCACACUAAGGCUGGAGACUCACUGCUGGAGUUUGCUUCUAUUGCCCUCAAAUUGCACCCAACUCCACACGACGGAAGGAUGGAGCUGCGGCCGCUCUUCAUGUGUUUAGCAGUGUGCCUGGUGUACGCCUCCAGCAAACCCACCGACAAGAAGGAGAGGGUCCACCACGACGAGCCUCUCAGCCAGCGCCAACACGACGACGACCAGGACUUUGACUAUGACCACGAGGCUUUCCUGGGACAAGAGGAGGCCAAGACGUUUGACCAACUCACGCCCGAGGAGAGCAAGGAACGCCUGGGCUUGCUGGUGGAGCGCAUCGACGAGGAUCAGGACGGCUUUGUGACGGUGGAGGAGAUGAAGCGCUGGAUCAAACACGCCCAGAAGAAGUGGAUCUACGACGACGUGGACCGUCAGUGGAAGAGCCAUGACUUGAACGCGGACGGCCUUGUGUCCUGGGACGAGUACCGAAACACCACCUACGGAUACAUCUUGGACAGCGACCCGGAGGACGGCCUGAGCUACGGGCAGAUGAUGGACCGUGACGAGAGGAGGUUCAAGAUGGCUGACCUGAACGCGGACAUGAAGGCUGACAAGGAGGAGUUCACGGCCUUCCUGCACCCAGAGGAGUACGAUCACAUGAAGGACAUUGUGGUGCUGGAAACCAUGGAGGACAUAGACAAGAACGGAGACGGCCUCAUCGACCUGGACGAGUACAUAGGCGACAUGUUCAACCAGGACGGAGCCGGGACGGAGCCUGAGUGGGUGAAGACUGAGCGUGACCAGUUCACAGAGUUCAGAGACAAGAACAAAGACGGCAAGAUGGACAAGGAGGAGACUCGCGACUGGAUCCUGCCCAGCGACUACGACCACGCUGAGGCCGAGGCCAAGCACUUGGUCUACGAGUCAGACGCUGAUAAGGACGGGCGCCUCACAAAGGACGAAAUUGUGGACAAGUACGACCUGUUUGUGGGCAGUCAGGCCACAGACUUUGGGGAAGCUCUCACGCGACACGAUGAGUUCUGA